CCAACACAAGCAAGAUGUUGUUCCAACCUCUCAUUGCUGCGACUCUUUUGAGCGCCAUCACAGCCGUUGCUUCACCGACAUGGUCUGCACAACAAGAGUAUACCAAGUCUUUACCAAAGAGUGUCUCCAAGCAUCAAGGAACUCGACCCAAGACCGACAUUUCUCCCAAGAAGCCUUUCAAGCCAUUCCCCUCUUCUCCUUCCCGGAACAAGGUCUGCUAUGUUAGCUCCCACAACGACGGCGUAACCGACGACUCGGAGUACAUCCUUUCUGCCAUCAACAAGUGUAACAACGGUGGUCACGUCAUUUUCUCUCAAGGCCAGAAAUAUGUGAUUGGCACGGCGUUGAAUUUGACAAACCUCAACCACAUCGACCUUGAUAUCCAAGGUUAUGUUCAAUUCACCAACGACACCGAUUACUGGCAAGCAAACGCGUUCAAGCAGGUCUUCCAAAACGCCACGACUUUCUUCCAGCUUGGUGGCAACGACGUCAACGUUUACGGCGGCGGCUUCCUCGACGGCAACGGCCAAGUUUGGUAUGAUCUGUAUGCCCAGAACAUCUACAUUCUGAGACCUAUUCUCUUCGGUGCUGUCGGUCUGCACAACUCGACCAUCCAGAACUUGAACUUCCGCUACAGUCCUCAAUACUACAACUGGGUUGCCAACAGCACCAACGUUUUGUUCUCGAACAUCUCCAUCUCUGGAUCGAGUCAGAGCAAGAACCCUGCUAAGAACACUGACGGGUGGGAUACGUACCGCAGCGAUAACAUCGUUAUCCAGAAUUCCGUCAUCAACAAUGGUGAUGAUUGUGUCUCUUUCAAGCCUAACAGCACCAACAUCCUGGUUCAAGGCUUGCAAUGCAACGGUAGCCACGGCAUCAGUGUUGGCUCUCUUGGACAAUACCCUACCGAGACCGACAUCGUCGAGAACGUCCUCGUCUACAACAUCUCCAUGUCCAACGCAAGCGAUGGUGCUCGCAUCAAGGUCUGGCCUGGCUCACCCGCCGCUCUUUCCGGUGACCUCCAAGGCGGUGGCGGCAAGGGCCGUGUCAACAACAUCACUUACGACACCAUGUCCAUCAACAACGUCGACUAUGCUAUUGAGGUCACCCAGUGCUACGGUCAGAAGAACCUCACCGCUUGCAAUGAGUUCCCUUCCAAGUUGACCAUCUCCAACAUCGUCAUGAAGAAUAUUCAUGGCACCACCAGCUCCAAGUACAACCCCAUCUCUGGAUAUGUUGUCUGCAGUAGCCCAAGCGUUUGCACCAACAUCAAGCUGUCAGACAUCAACGUCAGCAGUCCCAACGGCACAGUGAACGAGUUUUCUUGCGGCGACGUGGAUGAGAGUCUUCUGCAGGGCAUCCAGUGCACUACCAUCAAUAAGGGUUACAACUAGGGCUUCGACUGUGUAUGUAACGAACGAGAUUGAAGAUUCCAAAUUUGAUGUAUGAAUUUCUCAAGU